AUGGCACCCGUCGCAGUCUCCCCAACUGCCACCACUGACUUCGUUACCACCAUCAAGACAUCUGUGGUCUCUCCCCAACCCAAUACUCUCCACGAUGUUAUCGCUCAAGCUGUCGACCGGUAUCCGUCGCACGAGCUCGGCUUCAUAACCUCCUCGGCACAUGACUCCUCCAUUCAGACGAAGACCUUCACCACGUUUAACCAAUAUGUUCGUAACCUUGCACGUGCCAUGCUAGAGUGGGGAAAACCCACAGGCUCAGUUAUCGUCGUAUACCUUACGGAGCACGAAGAUAACAUGGCCGCUAUCUGGGCGUGUCUUCUGGCUGGCUAUGUGCCCUGCUUGCAGCCCGCACUCAGCGCGCAACAGGCGCACAAGGAGGGUCAUGUUGCCCACAUCAAGAACUUGUUUGGGUCUGCUACUUGGCUAACUAGCGAGCUCGGGGCUGAUCAGAUCACGUCCAUUUCUGGUCUCGAAGUUCACCUGCUCUCGGAAUUGAAAUCAUUGGCGGAGAGAUUUACGGUUGCAGCUGAUUGGGUUGCAUAUGAGGCUAAGCCAGAUGAUGAGGCGAUCCUGUUCCUGACAUCAGGCUCGACUGGAUUCUCGAAGGCGGUCGUGCACACGCACCGUACCAUCCUGGCUGCGUGCCGCUCCAAGGGGCAAAGCUACGGCCUGACUUCUGAAUCUCAAGUUUUGAACUGGGUCGGAUUUGAUCACGUCGCGGGAUCUUUAGAAAUGCACAUCACACCUAUGCUAUAUGGUGCUUCACAGCUCCACGUGCAUGCAUCUGCCAUCCUUGCAGAUCCCCUUCGGCUGCUCCGUCUGAUCGACGAAAAGUCCAUCCAAUUGGCUUUCGCCCCGAAUUUCCUGCUCUCCAAGCUCACUCGUGAUUUGGAGAAGCGCACCGAUUUAUUUGGGUGCUUCGACCUGUCCUCUAUCAAGCGGAUCAACAGCGGAGGUGAAGCUGUGAUUUCCAAGACGGCGCAAGCCUUUGUUGCUAUGAUGAAGAAAUUUAGCAAGAACCCCUCUGCGGUGUCCUUUGUGAUCUCACCUGGGUUUGGAAUGACAGAAACUUGUGCUGGAUGCAUUUACAACUCUGUGGAUGUCCUCGCGUCCGAGCCUGCUCACGAAUUCCUUGAACUCGGACGUCCCAUCAAUGGUUGCGAGAUGCGCAUCGUUGACCCCGCAGAUGGCGCCACUCUGCGCCCCGACGGGGAGAGCGGCGAGCUUCAGGUCCGGGGACCGAUGGUCUUCGUACGCUAUUACAACAACGCCGAGGCUACGUCCUCAAGCUUUGUUGAGGGCGGCUGGUACCGCACCGGCGAUGUUGGCAUCAUCGAGGAUGGUGUCAUGCGCCUGAGCGGUCGUAUCAAGGACACCGUCAUCGUCCAUGGUGUCUCAUACGGUAUCCCCGAGCUCGAGACACACCUCCAGACCGUUGAAGGGGUCACGCACUCGUUCCUCGCUGCUGCUCCGUACCGCGCUCCUGGUCAGGAGACAGAAGGGUUCAUCAUUUUCUACUCGCCAACAUUCGACCUCGCAGGAGCAGAUGCCUCCACGAAGCUCUUUGCCACGCACCGGGCCCUACGUGAUAUAUGUGUGAAGAUGAUCACCCUGCCUCCUCAAAUCAUCAUUCCCAUCCCUGUGAACCAGAUGGAGAAGACGACUCUCGGGAAACUGUCUCGUGCGAAGCUCAUCAGUCUCUUCAAGCAAGGCCAGCUUGCUCAGCACAUCGCGCGGUCUGAGGAGCUUCUCAGUGAGGCACGGGGCGCUACCUUCGUCGCACCGUCGAGCGAGACGGAAAAGGCGCUUGCGAAAAUAUUUGCUGGCAUCUUCAACCUCGCGGACAGCGAGGUGUCGGCGAGCGACAACUUCUUCGAGAUCGGCGGUACUUCUAUUGAUGCUAUCCGGCUCAAGCGCGAAGGAGAGGAACACUUCGGUCUGGCUGACAUAUCUGCCAUCCAAAUCCUCAAGCAUCCCGUUCUCUCGAGCCUGGCAAAUUACGUCAACUCCUUGCUCUCCAUGGGCACACAGACUGAAGAGUACGAUCCCAUUGUUCCCCUCCAAGUGACCGGGAAUAAGACGCCAAUCUUCUUCGUUCACCCUGGUAUCGGAGAAGUCCUCAUAUUCGUCAAUCUCGCCAAAUAUUUCCAUAAUGAGCGUCCCUUCUAUGCUUUCCGUGCUCGUGGCUUCGACGCCGGCCACCCCUACUUCACAUCCAUGGACGAGAUGGUUUCCUGCUAUGCCGUAGCAGUCAAGCGGACUCAGGCGACGGGACCAUACGCCAUCGCGGGGUAUAGUUACGGUGGUGUCGUCGCAUUUGAAGUUGCCAAGAGGCUCGAGGCCAUGGGUGACGAAGUCCAGUUCACCGGCCUCAUCAACAUUCCUCCUCAUAUCGCCCCCCGCAUGAACGAGAUUGAUUGGACGUCCGGCAUGCUCCAUUUGUCGUCAUUCCUCGGUCUUGUGGCGAAACACGAUGCUGAUGAUCUGGCUCCUCCCCUGAGACCGCUCACGAGGCAAGAGCAGCUCGAGUUCGUGUGGAAGAUGUCGCCUCCUCAACGUAUCGUCGAGCUCCAGCUGACGAUCGAGAAGCUUGACAAAUGGGUUGACCUUGCUGGGUCUCUCAUCGAUUGCGGACUGGACUACAAUCCAUCAGGUUCAGUUUCCGCACUUGAUGUUUUCUACGCCAUUCCCUUUGCCGGAACCAAGACAGACUGGCUUAACAACCAGCUCAAGCCAUGGUCUGGCUUCAGCCGCGGCGAGGCAUCAUAUACUGAUGUGCCUGGGGAACACCACACGCUGAUGGACAUUGACCAUGUCCCGCAGUUCCAGAAGAUCUUCCGCAGUCGUCUCGAGGCUCGUGGGUUGUAGACAUAUGGAGAGGCAUAUUCCGAAUAUAUUCUUGUCUUUGAUGGUUUAUUCAUCUAUAGUGGGAGUGCAUGCGUUUUCGUACUUAAUUUGCUAGAUCCGUUGCGUUGUCAUGCUUAGACUUAGAAUAUUGCAAGUAUCCCUAGAGCAGUUCUUCUGAUUGAUCGCACAGG